AUGUCCUCUCUCCGCUUCAUUUGCCAGCGCUGCAGCCAGCCCCUGAAACGGAAUCAGUCUAUGGAGAUGUCCCAAGAACCUGAAGCUUUGAUGCUCAUCUCAGCUCAGGGGGAGCCAGGAGAAACUCAGGAGGGAGGCCCUCCUUCCAGGGAGAAGGCAGAUUUUGAAAAUCUAAAUGAUAGUGCCUCUUGCAGGACCCUUCCUGGCCUCCCUGGAAGAAGGAUGUCCUGGGACAAUUCCAACAACUUCAUCCUGCUUGGGAAUUUGGGCUCCGUGAGAACUAUCAAUAGCAGGCAGAAGGCUGCUAGUGACAUUUUUGACAUCCUCUCCGGUGAAAGAGAUGUGGACCACCCCCUUUGUGAGGACUGUACUGACAAUCUUUUAGAGCAACUGGAUGUUCAAGUCACCAUCACAGAAUCUGAGAUUCAGAACUACAAAUGCUGUUUGGAGACCAGGGAGUGGAUAAGUGAGGAUGAGAGAGAGACGCUGCAGGAGAAGCUGAAGGGCCUGGAGCUGGAGGAAGCGAGGCUGGUCCAGGAGCUGGAGGAGGUGGAAAAGAACCAAGAAAGAACAGCAGCAGAUCUCAAGGCAGCCCAGGCAGAGACUGAGAUGCUGGACCAACAAGAAAAGCAGUACCGGAAGGACUACAGUAAAUUGAAAUGGCAAAAACUAGAAUUAUAUGAUGCGCUGAGUAGUGUGGAGACGCAGCUAUGGUACUCCCAGAUCCAGUGGGACCAGUUGGAGAAAACCAAUAUUUUUAAUGCCACAUUUGAGAUCUGGCAUGAUGGUGCCUUACCCACCAUCAAUAACUUCAGAUUGGGCUGCCUCCCCACUGUCCCUGUGUGCUGGAAUGAGAUUAACGCGGCCUGGGGACAGACAGCCUUGCUGCUCCUUGCCUUGUCCAAUACAAUUGGACUGGAGUUUCAGAGGUAUCAACUCAUCCCCUGCGGAAACCAUUCCCAUCUAAAAUCUUUAACAGAUGACUGCACUGAGCUGCCAUUGUUCUCUAAUGGGAAGAAUGUUUUCUUGCAUAACAAAUUUGACCAGGCUAUGAUGGCUUUCCUGGACUGCAUGCAGCAGUUCAAGGAAGUGGCUGAGAAAGGUGGGUCAGGUCUCCGUUUGCCCUACAAGAUUCAUGUGAAGAAAGGCCUGAUGGAAGACCCCGGAAGCGGCGGUGGGUUCUAUCCCAUCAGGACCCACUCGAACACGGAGGAGGAGUGGACAAAAGCACUCAAGCUUAUGCUUAUAAAUUUCAAGUGUAGUCUCACUUGGGUCUCCUUAAGGUAUUGCCAAAAAUAA